AUGUAUCGCCCGAUUACAGACGAAAUGUAUCUAGAUUUUUCCCAUAGUACCCUGAUUAGAGCCACGAGGACAUCGACAGAAGGAUGUAGCCGUAUUAGGCCUUCUGCAUGUGUUGUUGAUGGCUAUUUGAAUGAACGUGCGGAAAGCGCAGAUGAUGAUGAAUCUUCGUUAUCAACUAAUGAUAGAUCAGCUGCACCUAGCACAACAAAUCUACUAUGUUUAUGUUAUGAUAAACCACGAGCUGAUAAAACACAAGCUGAUGAAGUGCUAUUAUGGAGUCAAAGUGUUUUUGAUGAUUUUACCAAUGAUGAUGAUUUAUUCUCUUUUUGGAGAAAAAAGAAAGAUGAAUUUCCUAUAAUUGGUGCUAUUGCUCGUAAAUUAUUGGGUAUUCCAGCAUCUAAUACUUCAGUGGAAAGACUUUUUUCAUCAACUAAGAUUACAGUUAGUGACCGAAGAACAAGGUUAGGUGCCGAAAAAAUUGAUAAACUUAUGUUUCUUAAAAAGAACUUAAUACCACUUAAAGACAUGUUUGAUUCAAAAAGUCCUUCAUCAAAAAUUAAUUGA